AUGGAAGCCAGCAGGAAACUCAUUUGCAGACAAAGGCAAGUCAUUUCUUUCUUUAUCCUCUUGAGUUUAUCUCUGGUGGGAGCGGAACCUAGGCGCUAUUCUGUAGUGGAGGAAACUGAGGGCACCUCCUUCGUGACCAAUGUAGCAAAGGACCUGGGUCUGGGGCGGAGGGAACUCUCCAGGCGGGGUGCUAAGGUCAUUUCCAAAGGGAACAAACUGCGUUUGCAGCUCGAUCCGGAGACCGGGGAUUUGGUUCUAAAUGAGAAACUGGAUCGCGAGGAACUGUGCGGUGACACAGAGCCCUGUGUGCUGCGUUUCCAGGUGUUGCUAGAAAAUCCCUUAGAGUUUUUUCAAGCUGAGCUGCAAGUAAUAGACAUAAAUGACCAUGACCCAGUGUUCUUGGACAGAGAAAUAUUACUGAAAAUAUCAGAGAGCAGUGCUCCUGGGACUACAUUUCCUCUGAAGAAUGCCCAGGAUGCAGACGUAGGUCAAAAUAAUAUUGAGAAUUAUAUCAUCAGCUCCAACGCCCAUUUUCGGGUCCUUACCCGCAAACGCAGUGAUAACAGGAAAUACCCAGAGCUGGUGCUGGAGAAAGCAUUGGAUCGAGAGGAGGAACCCAGGCUCAGGUUAACCCUCAUGGUCCAGGAUGGUGGCUCUCCUCCCCGGUCUGGAACAGUCCAGAUGCACAUCGAAGUCAUGGACACCAAUGACAAUGUUCCUGAAUUUGAGCAGCCUCUCUAUAGGGCGCUGGUCCCUGAGGACAGUCCCAUAGGCUUCCUGAUUGUCAGGGUCUCUGCUACUGACAAAGACAUAGGAGCCAAUGGAGAAAUUUCUUAUUCCCUUUUCCAAGUUUCAGAGGAGAUUAGUAAAACUUUUGGGGUAAAUCCCAUGACAGGAGAAAUUCGGCUCAAUAAACAACUUGAUUUUGAAACAAUUCAGUCCUAUGAGGUCAAUAUGGAGGCCAGAGAUGCUGGAAGUUUUUCCGGAAAAUGCACCGUUUUGGUUCAAGUCAUGGAUGUGAAUGAUAAUGCCCCAGAAAUCUCCAUUUCUGCAUUUACCAGUCCGAUCCCCGAGAACUCUCCUGAGACUGUGGUUGCCGUUUUCAGCGUUUCAGAUCUUGAUUCCGAAGAAAACGGAAGAUUAGUUUGCUCCAUUCAAGAUGAUCUACCGUUCCUCCUGAAAUCUUCUCUAGAAAACUUGUAUACUCUGGUAACAGACAGACCGCUGGACAGGGAGAGUCGAUCUGAGUAUAAUGUCAGCAUCACCGUCACGGACUUGGGAACCCCAAGGCUGAAAACACAGGUCAAUGUAAUCAUACUGGUAUCUGACGUCAAUGACAAUGAGCCCACCUUCGUCCAAACCUCUUACACCUUGUUUAUCCGCGAAAACAACAGUCCCGCCCUGCACUUCGGCAGCGUCAGCGCCACAGACAGAGACUCAGGCACCAACGCUCAAGUCACCUACUCUCUGCUGCCGCCCCAGGAGCCGCACCUCCCCAUCUCCUCCUUGGUCUCCAUCAACGCGGACAACGGGCACCUGUUCUCUCUGAGGUCGCUGGAUUACGAGGCCCUGCGAGCCUUCGAGUUCCGUGUGGGCGCUGUCGACGCAGGCUCCCCGGCGCUGAGCAGCGAGGCCCUGGUGCGCGUGGUGGUUGUGGACGACAACGACAACUCGCCCUUCGUGCUGUACCCGCUGCAGAAUGGCUCCGCGCCCUGCACCGAGCUGGUGCCCAGGGCGGCCGACGCGGGCUACCUGGUGACCAAGGUGGUGGCUGUGGACGAUGACUCAGGCCAGAACGCCUGGCUGUCCUACCAGCUGCUCAAGGCCACGGAGCCCGGGCUGUUCAGCGUGUGGGCGCACAGUGGCGAGGUGCGCACCGCCAGGCUCCUGAGCGAGCGCGACGCGACCAAGCACAGACUCGUCGUGCUGGUGAAGGACAAUGGUGAGCCGCCAAUGUCAGCCACCGUCACGCUGCACGUGCUCCUGGUGGACGGCUUCUCGCAGCCCUACCUCCCGCUCCCGGAGGUGGCCCCAAACGAGGCCCAGGCCGACUCGCUCACCGUCUACUUGGUCAUGGCGCUGGCGUCGGUUUCGGCGCUCUUCCUGUUCUCGGUGCUCCUGUUCGUCGCGGUGCGGCUGUGCAGGAGGAACAGGGCGGCCCCGGUGAAUAGCUUCCCAGUGCCUGAGGGCCACUUUCCGGGCCACGUGGUGGAAGUCAGUGGGACAGGGACCCUGUCCCAGAACUACCAGUACGAGAUCUGCCUGACUGGAGACUCUGGGAACAGCGAGUUCAAGUUCUUGAAGCCGAUUUUACCCAAUUUCCAGAGCCGUUCAUCUGGGUCAGAAAUAGAAGAAAACUCCAAUUUUAGGAAUGAUUUUGGUUUCAGUAUUAAGUGA